AUGUUGGCAGGCCUUCAGUCUUCACUAGCAGAUAAACUUAAAAAGGGAAAUGAUUCCCAUCCAAGCAGACAGAGCAUAUGGAGUUGGAUGAAGUGGUUCCAGCCUGAGGAGACUUUUGGCCUUGUCAACGAUCAGACAAGCGAUAUGGAAAAGACGCUUGUUGAUCUUGUACGCGAUACUAAGCGAUUUGCUUUUGAACAUAGCGGGAUUAUUGAAGAGGCUCCGUUGCAAGUGUAUUGUUCGGCGCUCCUAUUCAGUCCUGAGCAAAGCAUUAUCCGUCAAAUAUACAAUAGCCAACUUCCGAAUUGGAUCAUCCCUUCUUUUCAAAGGCGCCCCACGUGGGCCCCUUACACACAGAUUCUGUGGCAUCCACGACCUCCCAACGCAUUUGUAUUCUCGACAGAUGGCAAAUAUCUGGCUUCGGGGUGUGAAGAUGGGACUGUUUGGAUAUGGGAUGUCGUGACGGGCGCAAAUCAACGUAUCCUUGAGGGUCAUUCCUUUCAGGUUUUAUCGGUUGACAUUUCUCCCCAAUGCCAGCUUAUAGCCUGUGGAUUGUGGGAUUGCAAAAUACGACUGCAUAAUUCUACGACUGGUGCAGUUCAAGGCAUUCUGAGACAGGACAGAGAAGUUAGCCAGGUUGUAUUUUCACCAGAUGGCACUUCACUCGCGUCAGUUUCUGCUGGUGAUGGCGAAGAAGAUGGUGAUAUGCGGAUGUGGAAUAUCGCCAGUAUUGACUGGAAAUGGGGCAAAGAUCUUCAUUCUAUAUGGGGCGGUGCCGUCUCCUUCUUGCCUGAUGGUAAGCACGUUGCUUAUAGCGACGAUGAGAUAACUGGCCUUUUAGACGCCCAUACAGGACAGUCUGCUGGCAUUCCGGCUCACUACGCAGGAAGAAUCUGUUCAUCUAAAUUAUUAUCCAGCGCCCAAAUGAUGCCGCAUCUGGCUAUCAAACGCAUACCGUAA